CGUCUUGAUGUUCGUCUGGUUUGUUUCUUUCAAUUAAGCACAGUGCAAGUUGGAUAGGUGGCUGUCGGACCAGUCGAGGAUAUAAUAGUUAAUAUGAUGCAGCUUUUACCCUGAUAAUCGACAGUGCUGAGAACUUAAAACUGUAUGGCUGACAAAUGCGUCAAAACAUAUUUUCUGGCGUCACAGGUUGAAAUUUAGGGUAAUAGUUAAGGGAAAAUAUCAAAAUGUCGAGCCGACGAACUAAAAAGACGGUUAAAAAGCGCGCCCAGCGUGCAACAUCCAAUGUCUUUGCUAUGUUCGAUCAAGCUCAAAUUCAGGAGUUUAAAGAAGCUUUUAACAUGAUCGACCAAAACCGUGAUGGAUUUGUUGAUCACGAAGAUUUGAAGGACAUGCUGGCUUCAUUGGGUAAAGAGGUUUCAGAUGAUUACAUUGAGAAAAUGUGUGGGGAAGCCCAUGGUCCAAUCAACUUUACCAUGUUCCUUACAAUGUUUGGCGAAAAGUUAAACGGCACUGACCCUGAGGAAGUUAUAAGGAACGCCUUUGCUUGCUUUGAUGAAGAAGGCACCGGAAAAAUUAACGAGGAUUAUCUCCGAGAACUUCUCACUUGCAUGGGUGAUCGUUUCAAUGAUGAUCAAGUGGAUGAAAUGUACAGAGAAGCUCCAAUCAAUGCUAAAACUGGUGACUUUGACUACAUAGAGUUCACAAGGAUUCUAAAGCAUGGCGCUAAAGAAAAAGAUGACAUUUAGAUACUAUUAAUAGUUGUAUUCUACUGUCAUCUGAAUAUAUAAUGAAUCGAUAUUGGCCGAUAUAAGUACGAUGGUCUGUCUUAAAACCUAGCACUCCUGAAAUCAGUUUUUUUUUAAAUAAAAACUGGUUGUUCUAUUAUUAAGGACUAUGAAAUGGUUUUGGCAUUUAUAUAAACUUUGUUAUUGGUGUGUUAACGUUUACUCAGAUUUGCCCAUUAUGUUGUUAGUGUUAGCAAAACGUAGAGUGUACUAUUUCAACUGCAUAAUAAUAACCAUAAUUAAUCAAUUUAAUUGGAAUAUGUCUGUAAUCGAAACCUAAUAUAAUUGUAUUUUUUUGAUUUGAAAUUUGAUGCUGUCAUUAUAAAAUAAUCAUCUGCACUUUUUUUCCUGAACAGUUGUAAAUAAUUUUUAUGCCACAAAGUCACACUAUGGGGUGAUUUGGUAUUGCCUUGAUUUCAAAUGUAACUCUAAAACUUUGCAUUUCAG